AUGCAACAGAGCGGCUACGGCGGCUAUGACCAACAACAAACCGGCUACGGUCAGUCUCAGCAAUAUGAUCAGCACCAACAGCAUGGACAACAACAGCAAGGAGGCUAUGACCAUCAGCAGUACGGCCAACAGGGCGGCUACGAUCAGUAUAGUCAGCAGCAACAGGGAGGAUAUGACCAGUACAGCCAGCAAGGAAGUUAUCAGCCAGGCAUGCAGCCACAAGAGUGGGACUUUUAUGCCAUGGAGGCUAAGGAUGGCGUGCGAUUCUCGUGGAAUUCAUGGCCCUGCACGAAGCUGGAGCAGACACGUUGCGUUAUGCCCAUUGGCUGUCUGUAUCAGCCAUUGAAGCCUAUUGAUGGCAUGCCGCCUGCCGUAGAGUACGACCCCAUUCACUGCAAGGCCUGUGCUGCCGUGCUGAAUCCCUUUUGUCAGGUCGACUUUGUCUCCAAACUCUGGGUGUGUCCCUUUUGCGUGACGCGUAAUCACUUCCCUCCGCACUACGCUGAGAACAUUACGCAAGAGAAUCUUCCGGCCGAGCUCAUCCCGCAGUACACGACGCUGGAAUACGAGCUACAGAACCGUCAGGCCGGACCUCCCGUAUUCGUCUUCUGCAUUGACACGUGCGUUCCUGAGGAGGAGCUAGAGGAGCUCAAAGAUUCUAUUCAGCAAACGCUCAACCAGUUGCCGCCUGAUGCGCUCAUCGGCCUCGUCACUUUUGGAACCAUGGUGCACGUGCACGAACUGGGAUUCCCGGAAGUGCCAAAGUCUUACGUUUUCCGAGGCAACAAGGACUUCACUGCUCAGCAGGUGUACGAUAUGCUAGGCUUGGCCGCGACACGCAAGCAGCAGCAGCAGCCGACGCAGGUCCAGCCGCUGCAGCAGACUACGAACUCGGCGCGUUUUCUUCUCCCAGUGUUUGAAUGCGGCUUCACACUCGAAUCCAUUCUGGAGGAUCUGCAGCGUGACCCGUGGCCCGUGGCAGCCGACCAGCGACCACAACGUUGCACGGGUGUUGCAAUGUCGGUAUGUGUCGGUCUCCUGGAGGCCACGUUCCGUGGCCGGGGAGCCCGUAUUAUGAUGUUCGUCGGCGGGCCUCCUACAGUUGGGCCCGGUGCCAUCGUCAGCCGUGACCGAAAGGAGGACAUUCGGUCGCACACUGACUUGCAGAAAGAUAAGGCGCCGCUCAACAAGAAAGCGCUGAUGCACUACAACGAUCUAGCGGCCCGUUGUGUGGCCUCGAGCCAUGUGGUGGAUAUAUUCGCGUGCUCGCUCGAUCAAAGUGGUGUGAUGGAGAUGGCAGCUUGUGUACAGAAGACUGGUGGUGUGAUCGUACUUGCCGACUCAUUCGGUCAGUCAGUUUUCCGUGAGUCAUUCCGGCGUAUGUUUAGCAAGUUUUCGGACGAAGCAGCAGAUUGCGACAAGGACCAGCUCACAAUGGCCUUUGCAGCCUCGGUGGAAGUGCUAACGAGCCGCGAGUUUAAGGUAGCGGGUGCUAUUGGCCCUUGCGCUCCCCUGAAGCGCCAGGGCGCGGCGCCAAAGAACGUGUCCGAGGUAGAGAUUGGUGUGGGCGGUACCAACGCGUGGUCAAUGGGCGGCAUUGACCCCAACACUACCGUUGCUAUUUACUUUGACAUUUCCAACCAGACUCCACUGGCACCUGGGAAGGCUCGCUACAUUCAGCUAAUUACGCAUUACCAGCACGCCAGUGGUCGUUAUCGCACACGUGUGACUACAAUCUGUGCUCCUUGGACUGUGGAUCCGAACGACACAGCGACGCUAGGACGUGGUUUUGAUCAGGAAGCCGCCGCUGUUUUAUUAGCCCGAAUUGCUGUACAUCGCUCAGAGCAAGGCGAGGAGCAGUUAGAUAUUAUGCGGUGGAUCGAUCGAUCGCUUAUCCGUCUGGCAUCCCGUUUUGCCGACUACCGCAAGGACGACCCGUCCUCUUUUCGGCUGUCGCCAGAUUUUGCUAUCUUCCCUCAGUUUAUGUUUCACCUGAGACGGUCGCAGUUCUUGACGGUGUUCGGUUACUCACCCGACGAGAGUUCGUACUACCGUCACUGCUUGCUGCGUGAGAGCACAACAAACUCACUUGUGAUGAUUCAGCCGUCGUUGUUGUCGUACUCGUUCAAUGGACCGCCUGUGCCGGCUCUGCUGGAUGCUGCCAGUGUGCGAUCCGAUACGAUCUUGCUGCUGGACUCGUUCUUUUAUGUGGUGGUCUUCCAUGGUGACACGAUUGCCGCGUGGCGUGACCAAAGGUUUCAUGAGGAUCCUGCCCACGAAAACUUUAAAAACUUGCUGGAGGCUCCGCAGGCCGACGCGCAACUUAUCAUGGAUUCCCGCUUUCCUGUUCCGCGUUACGUGGUGUGCGAUCAGCACAAGUCGCAAUCGCGUUUUCUAAUGGCUAAGCUUAACCCUAGUGUCACGCACAACAGCAUGGAUGGUCAGGGCGAAGUUAUCUUUACGGAUGACGUCAGUCUAAAGGUGUUUAUGGAGCACCUGAUGAACCUAGCCGUCAAGUCGUAG